AUGACUACACCAUUUUUGGCUCCAAAUCAAGAUCCUGCUAGUCCUUUUUACCUUCAUCCAACUGAUAACACAGCUAGUCAGUUACUUUCAAUUAAGUUCAAAGGUGAAGGUUAUGGAGAUUGGAGGAGGAUUAUGAUGAUCUCUAUGUCAUCUAAGAACAAGCUAGGUUUUGUUGAUGGCACAAUAGCAAAACCAGAUCCUACAGAUGAUACUUACCAGGCUUGGAUGAGGUGCGAUGACAUGAUGAUCUCAUGGUUAUUGUUCAACCUUGAUGGAUCAAUAUCUAAGAGUGUUUUGUAUUUUCAUACUGCUAGAGAAAUCUGGUUAGACCUAGAGGAUAGGUUUGGCUUUGUGUCUGGACCACAACUCUUUUCCUUAGAACAACAGGCAACAAAAAUCUCACAGGGAAGUCAUAAUGUGGUUGAGUUCUUCACAGAGAUAAAGUCAAUAUGGGAAAAUAUUAGUGCAGCCAAUCCCUUGCCAACAUGUACUUCUAACCUCUGUACAUGUAAUGUGACACAAAGAAUCUUCAAGAUGCAACAGGAGCAAAGACUUAUGCAAUUUCUCAUGAAAUUGGGAGAACACUUGGUUGUAACUAGAGGAAGCCUUCUAAUGAUGCAACCAUUGCCAACAAUUUCACAUGCAUACAGAAUUGUAGCACAAGAGGAAAGACAAAGAGAGAUUAGUGCCAUUUCACAACAGCAUGAGAGCCAUGCUUUUGGAGCUGACAGAAGAAGGUUCAGUGACAGUCAUAAUAGGGGAAUUCAUAAUUCUUACAGGAAUCAACAAGCCUAUCAUAGUACAAGGAACAACUAUACUGGAGGAAACAAGUCAUCUGUGUACAAAAAGCCUUCCAUCUAUUUUUGUGAUCACUGUAAGGUCAAUAGGCAUAACACUGAGACAUGCUUUAAGUUACAUGGGUUUCCACAUGGAUUUACUGGUUUUAAGUCAGAUAAAAGAGCUGCAGAAAUUGCUUAUACAGAUGAGGGAUAUCUUGAUGAAGAUAUGGCAGAAUAUCAACAACAUCAAUCAUUCUAUCCUCCAGAAAGAGAUUGUUCAAUGCAGUCACAGUCUCAACCAGGUUUCCUCACUGCAGACAAUGCACUCAGUUGUUGA